AUGGCCUCAUCAACGCAUCUGUCCACCAUGCGAGCACUUACAGCUGCCGUUCUUUUUGUUGCUGGACUUACACCCGUCUUAGCACAAGACUCAUCUCCCACUGGGCCAACGUUUCCGAAUACUGUGGCAAACUGCAAUGCGUGGUAUACCAUUGUAAAGGGCGAUGGAUGCGACACUGUAGAGAAGAAGUUCAAGAUCACACCUGAGCAGUUCUUCAAAUGGAACCCUGAUGUGUCAACCGAUUGCGUGAAGAACUUUUGGGUGGGCAACUCAUAUUGCGUGGGAGUAGGGAAAGUCGUGUCCAGCAGCAAAACCUCUACCACCGUCAAAAGCAGCAGUACGACCCAAAAGACGUCGUCAACUUCAUCAAAGUUAUCAUCUUCGUCUAAGCCAGUUAACACGACGACCACACCAUACUCGACACGAAACCCAGUCACCUCCUACAACCUCACACAGCCGUACACUGCAACAUCACUCCCGCCGGCAAAGACACAGAGUGGCCAGCCAGCUUACUGCAACCAGUGGCAUUGGGUUGGCACUGGAGAUACCUGCCUAACUAUUCUCAAUCUCUACGGCAGCCGCCUUACGCAGGAGCAACUGCUUCAGUAUAAUCCAGCACUCGGAAGCGACUGCUCUGGUUUGUACGUUGGCUGGUAUAUCUGCGUUGGUAUUCAGGCGCGAACAUCGUACUCUGUGCCAUGGACUAGCAGCCAGGGCAAUGCUACCGUCCCAGCACCAACUGAUUACACGCCACCUGUCAAGACAAUUGUCGCCAAUUUCACUGCCAGUCCCCAAAUGACUGGCGUCCCGCAAAGCUGCCAGAACUUUUAUCAAGCUCAGGAUGGAGACACUUGCGAUGUCAUCUUGAAACAGUUUGACUAUAUUUCAAGGGAGCAGUUCUUCAGCUGGAAUCCUGCUCUUCAAGGAAAUUGUAAUGGGCUAUGGGUAGGUUAUUAUUACUGCGUAGCCAACUUUGCCACUGGCGUAAUUCCCAUGCCACCUACUGUGACAAAGGUGCCGGAUGGUGCACCAACCGCCAUCAAUACUUGUAAUAAGUGGUAUCAGGCCGUUGGAAACGAUGACUGUGAUGCAAUAACCACGUAUUUUGGAACAUUUUCCAAGUCUGACUUCAUCAAAUGCAACCCAAGUGUUUAUCAGGACUGCUCCGGUCUCAAGACUGACUCAUGGUAUUGUGUCGGCAUACCAGGCACACCUACCACACGGACAAAGCCCUUAACAACGACCAGUUUGGGCUCUCUGCCUACGCAAACCGGCAUCUCCGCCUCAUGCAAGCAGUACUGGCUGGUAUCUCCCUCAGACACAUGUGCGUCCAUCAUUUCCAACGCUGGCGUGUCGGCAGAUGACUUUUACAAAUGGAAUCCCGCUCUAGGAGGAUCCGCCUGUAAAGGUCUACAGCCAAACUACUACGUCUGUGUGAGUCUUACCGCCGCGCCAACAGAUUCCGGAUCAACAACCACCAUUACAGGACCCCCAACAAAGGGUUCAAACCCGCCCACUACUACCACCAGUGGCGGAGGAGGAGGCACAAUCCAGACUCCUAGCCCCAUCAUGCCGGGGAUGGUUGGUGGCUGUGUGCGAUUCUGGUUCCGCGGCAAGGACGGAGCGUCACUAUUCUGUGCUGACAUUGCAAAGGACGCCGGCGUCUCUCUCCCUGACUUUUUGAAGUGGAAUCCUGGCGUUGGUAGUAAUUGUGAGUCUCUGUGGGCGGACACUUGGUAUUGUGUUGGUGUGUCAGGCAAGCCAACCACAAUGUCGUCUGGCAUUCCCACACCAGCGUCAAAGUAG